AUGGAGAAAUACGUUGCUCUUUCAGUAAAAGAGCUCUGGAAUAAAUACUAAUUUGUGUCAAAUAUCGAUUCUGGAUCAUUCGGUUCAAUUUAAAAAGUAUAAAAUACUGUCGACAAAUAAUUCUACGCUAUGAAGGUCUAAAAUCUAAAAAAUUUAAUGACGAGUAUUCCAAAUAACUAUAGUAACGAAAUGUUGCGGAUUAUUCGUGAGAUUAACACAUUCAAACUAAUUCAUCCAAAUAUUACUAAAUUCUAUGAAUCCUACUUCACCUUUGAAGAUCAAUUCGUAAUAGUAACUGAACUAGCAGAGUCAAACAUCUGCAUCUACAGAGAAAACACAGAACUGACAAAUGCUUAGAUUUCUAAUAUAAUGAUCCAGAUUGUAAAAGGUACCAUACACCUUCAUAACCAAAACAUUAUGCACAGAGAUCUAAGUCCAGAUAACAUCUUAGUUUUUGAAAAUGGGAAGAAGUUUAAAAUUUGCGACUUUGGAUUAUCUCAGAUGAAGCCAAAUACUUAUUCUUUUGUUGGAAAACCGUUUUUUAAAGCUCCAGAAAUAGAUCUUAACGAGGAUUUCAGCUAUAGUAGCUAAGUUGAUAUCUGGUCGCUCGGAAUGAUACUCUACUACUUAUGCACUAAGAAAUAUAAAUAUCAAGGCAAGAUAAUAUCCGAAUUAAAGAAGCAAGAUCAGACAGUUCUUAUUAAACUUGAAGGUUAAUAGUAGAUAUUCGAACGGCUUCUUAACAAAAUGCUUUAACUAGAUCCUCAUUAGAGAUUAGAUUCACUCUAAGUACUAUUUGAACUUUGCGAUUUAGCCAAUGAAUCAUUAGACAAGCAUUUAGAAAUAGAGGAAGAAAAGAAAGGUAACCAAGGUCACCAAGGUCGCCAAAAUCGCUAAAAUUCUCCUAAUUAUAAUAAGAAAGAUGCGGUAGCUUUGAUUAAAUCAACUAAUGCUGUUGUCAAUGAAAUUAUCGCAAAAAUAGGAGAUGAUGGAUCAGUUUAUGAUGGAUUGUGGAAGAAUGAUAAGAAGGAUGGAUAUGGAAGAUUUGUAUAUGUUGAAGGGAAUUACUGCAUUGCUGAGUACAAAGAUGGUUUAAGGAACGGAUAUGGAAAAUAUUAUUCUAAAGAUGGAUGGAUUUAUGAGGGGUAAUAUAUAAAUGAUUAGAAAGAAGGAUUAGGAUUGAUGAAAUAUAAAAGUGGUGAUUAAUACUAUGGAUAUUGGGUGAAUGGUAUGAGAUAAGGACUUUAUAUAUUCCAAAGAAAGGAGGAUAAAUAGAAAUAAGGAAAUAUGAGAAUGGAAGGUUAAUAGAGACAAUGA